AUGGGUCGAUUGGAUGGCCAUCUGGCUGUAGGUGAUCUGGUUCAUCUGAGCCUGGACACGGUACGCCGUGCUGGGUUACAGCGCAACCACACUGGGACUCAUGUGCUCAACUACGCUUUGCGUCGCGUCCGCACUGAGGCAGAUCAGAAGGGAAGUUUGGUGGCGCCGGAUCGCUUUCGUUUUGACUAUAGUGCAAAUGUAAGUUGGCUCUGCUCGAAAUUUUUAAAAAUAACCUAA